CUGCUUCAGCGCUGUUUCGGUGCUUCAGCCCGCUUGAGGAGGGGACAAAGAAGGCGUAUCUGUUCUGGUCGUGGCCAGCUCUUCUCGUCCUUCCGCGGGCUACGGGUUCCAAGUGGAGGCUGUCCCGACUGCGCUUCAUUCCGCCACAGGUAAAACUGCUAAAAAACCCGUGUGCAGUGUAGUGGAAAAGACCACUGAAUUCUUUAGACACAGUCACUGGAUACAUAGUGAUAUUUAACACUCUGUUGGAUUCGGAGCACCAUGUUCACAGAGGUGUUGGUUGCUCUGGUAAUUGGAGGAUUGAUCUUCUUCCUGGUUCAGAGGAGCAGGACCCAGGUUCUGAAGACAGAGGAUGGCUGGUGGAGGGCUGGAGAACCCCCCAGUGGUGGGGAGGACGUCACCAUCCGUCCCUUUAAAGUCUCCACCAGUGAUGAAGAGCUGGAGGACCUGCACAGGAGGAUAGACCAGACCCGUCCUGUUCCUUCACUAGAGGACAGCCAGUUUAAUUAUGGCUUCAACUCCCAGUACCUGGAGAAGGUGGUCUCAUAUUGGAGGAAUGAUUUCGACUGGAGAAGACAAGUUGACAAACUCAAUAAAUACCCCCAUUUCAAAACCAACAUCGAAGGCAUUGAUAUCCAUUACCUGCACGUGAAGCCCAAGAAUGUGCCAAAGGGAACCACUGCUAUUCCUCUGAUAAUGGUUCAUGGCUGGCCUGGAUCCUUCUAUGAGUUCUAUGGGUUGAUCCCUCUGCUAACAGAACCUUCUGACCCAGACAAUCUUGUGUUUGAGGUGGUGUGUCCCUCCAUUCCAGGAUACGGUUUUUCAGAAGCACCACGUAAGAAAGGUUUUGAUUCAGUUUGUGCUGCACGCAUCUUCCACAAACUGAUGAAGCGUCUGGGCUUCCAGCAGUUCUACGCUCAUGGCGGAGACUGGGGCUGGCUGGUCACCACCAAUAUGGCUCAGCUGGAGCCCAAGACCGUUAAAGGCUUGCAUGUGAACUUUGCACCGCCCUCCAAGCCAGGGCUGUCCAUUGCUUUAUCCACCAUGCUCGGCCGUCACUUCCCCAAGCUGUUUGGUUUCACUGACAUGGAUAUUCAGCGUCUCUUCCCUGCCAUGGAGAAACUGGUGGUGGAGACAAUCAAAGAGUCUGGCUACAUGCACAUCCAGGCCACCAAGCCUGACACCGUGGGUCGAGGACUGAAUGAUUCUCCAGUGGGUCUGGCUGCCUACAUUCUGGAGAAGUUCUCCACAUGGACAAACAAUGACUUCAGGAACCUGGAAGAUGGAGGACUCACCAGGAAGUUCUCCCUGGACGAUCUGCUGACUAAUGUGAUGAUCUAUUGGACAUCUGGCUGCAUCGUCUCCUCUAUGAGGUUCUACAAGGAAAACUUUGGCAAAGGCCUCAACCAGCCUCACGCGAAGAUGCAAGUGUAUGUUCCCACUGGGUUUGCCUGCUUCCCCAAUGAGCUCUUGCACAUGCCCAAACUAUGGGUCAAGCAGAAAUACCGUAAACUCUUGACCUUCACACCCAUGGCCCGUGGCGGCCACUUUGCUGCCAUGGAGGAGCCUCAACUGAUGGCUGAGGACAUCCAGAACUUCACAAAGAUAGUGGAGAAGAAGAAGAAGAAAUAGUAGGGAGUGGCUGAUGUAUAGGUGAACUAAAAGAGCAUUAUUAAAGUGAAGCAGGUGGACAAAAAGAAAGAAACUGGUACACAGUGGUGAGCAGUAAGCAGGUGUACACAUUGUGAUUGUAGAUAGUGAAGUAUGCACUGUUUCUCUAUGUAGUUGGAAUUAAUAUUAUAGUGAAAUUCCUAAUCUUAAUUCAUGAUUGAGUCUUCUGCAGUGUUAAUGCUAGAAUAUGUAUGAUUUUGAAAUUUGAAGAGUCAAAGAAGUGAAAAAGAAAGAAGACGGUAACUACAUGGGAUCUGCUGACUGCAAAGUGUGACAGUUGACUUUCAAAAUAGGAAUGGAGCUGGACAGUACAGUAAUCCGGUGAAAAUAAGGAGAGAAUUUGGCUAGUUUUAAAAACAUACACUGACCUAAUUGUGGAGCUGCUGUUCCCACUUUCUGUCUAGAUCUUUCACUUUUAAACUCUUACAUAGUGCACAUUUUUCACAUGAAGAACAAGUUCAAAGUUGCGUCACACUGUGUUAGUCAGGUUAGAGGUGAAAAGGGCUGAAGUAACUCUGCUGUGGCUUAAACACCAGAUACAUCAGCAGUCGCUAACAAAUUCCCAGCUAGUUUAAAGUCUGCAACCAGCAUCCAUUCAUCCUCUCAGCUGCUGCUCCUCACAGAGUUUCUGCCUUCCUCAGAACUCCCCUCAGCCUUGUACUGCUUAACAGUUCACUAAGGAGCUGCACAAACCCAGUGUAGUAGUUUAAAGCUUUGAUGGAAUCAGAUUUCGCAGCACAAACCUGCUACAACCUGGAGCCUUUCAUUUAUUUGCAUAACAUCCAUCAAGUUUACAUUUUGACUUACUUUAAUCUAAUACAAAGACUAGACGCAGUGGUUACUUAAUGUAGGCCUCCUUUAAAAGUUUAAUGUCUUCAAUAUUCUGUACUUUUAUAUGUAAUACGUAGUAGUCCAGCUUUAUGGGCACAUUAAUUUACCAAGAGAGUAACAAUCCCAGAGAGCUGAUUAUGUUGAUCUUGAAGAUUUCCUUAAAUGAUGAAAUGUAUUUGGUUUUAUUAAAACAGAAGGUUUCAUAAUAUGGACAUUGUGAAUGUAUAUGUCAAUAACAACAAUAACUCUUUUUCCCUCUAUGCAGUUUAAAAUGAAUUGCAGUAUAUGUUACAUUCCACAAUGACCACAAUGAUGUUAUACCUCAGAUUGAAACACACUGUUUUAUUGUUUUGACCAAAUAAAACUGACACUAAGAAGUGCAUUGUUUCAACUGUUAGUCUGUUAUUUCAAACUGUUUCUGGGGCAUCCACAUAACUCCAGUGGCAAAUGCA